UACAGCUCAAAUUCAAGUAACAGCAGAAAAUUCAUGUUGGCUUUGAGAAGAACUUGUUCCAAUCCUAAUGAAGUGUGGGUUGGAGUUGUUUUUGUUAACUCUCUGCUGCAUAUUCUGGGUAAAAGCUGAUGAAUGGAGCAUCUCUUGAUUCUAUUUAUAUGAUUGGGGUCAGUCUUGGUGCACACAUUUCGGGGUUUGUUGGAAAAAUGUAUAAUGGAGCAAUUGGACGAAUUACAGGUCUUGAUCCCGCAGGACCAUUAUAUAAUGGGAACUCACCUGAAGAGAGAUUACAUCAUACGGAUGCACAGUUUGUUGAUGUUAUUCAUUCAGAUAUUGAUGCUCUUGGCUACAGAGAAUCUUUAGGACACAUUGAUUUUUAUCCAAAUGGAGGAAUUGAUCAACCUGGUUGUCCUCAGACUAUUUUAUCUGGAUCGGAAUAUUUUAAGUGUGAUCACCAGAGAUCAGUAUUUUUGUACCUGUCUUCAAUACAUGGGAGUUGUAACAUCGAAACAUUUCCCUGUACAAGUUACAAGGAUUAUAGUAUAGGAAAAUGUACCAAUUGCAAUGAGAUUUUACCCUUGAAAUGCCCAACUUUAGGUUUUUAUGCUGAUAAGUGGAAAGAUCAUCUUGUCGCAAAGAAUCCUCCAGGGACAAAGGCUUUUUUCGCAACUGCUACGAGAAAACCAUUCUGCAUAUUUCAUUAUUAUUUGGAUUUUCUUACAUGGAGUAGUAAAACAAGACGGGGAUAUAUUAACAUUAAGCUGAUGUCUGAAGAUGGGAACAUAACAGAAUCAAACCUAUCUCAGGAUGUAGCAACGUUUGAACAAUAUAAUGAAGAAACUCUCCUUGCUAAAUUUGAUGAAGACUUUGACAAAAUAUCAAGAGUUUUUGUGACAUUUACAACAGGAAGUGUUAUUGAUCCCAAAUAUAAACUACGAGUUUUGAGAAUGAGACUGAGACCAUUUACAAAUCCGGAUAGACCAACAUUGUGCCGAUAUGAUUUUGUGUUACUUGAAAAUAUUGAAACAGAGUUUUAUCCAGUCCCGUGCCAGCCCAGUAACAUGUAGAAGAGAUAUGAAGGCUCUUCACAAAUAGAACAGUAUGAAAUGUCAUUUUUGAUUAGAAUCCUGGUCUACAAUUGUGAUACUGUCAAUAUGAAAUGGACAUUAUGGUAGAAAUGGAAAAUAAAGGGACUAUAUAUUACUGUAAACGACUGGGCUUAUUUAUAAAAGGUGAUUAUAAAUUUAAUAUUAAAGGGAUACUAAACACAAUUUGUUUCUUUGGUGAUUCAGAUAGAG